GAAUAAUUCUGAUAAAAAAUAUUUGAACAGUAUAGACGUAACAGGGGAUCUCUGCGGGGCCUCAUAACGAUGAAUGCCACAAAGACCAAGAUCACGAAAUUGACAGUAACGUUUAUUACGGGUAUUGCAAUCAUAUAUUUAGCAAGUACAUGGAUAAAACGUGAAGGUGGUAGUUCUGUGAAUUCUGGAAAUAAAGAUUCUGAAGAAAGCCAUAACAAGUUCGGUAGUAUUAUUGAAAGGAGGUAUAUUGAUCAAGGAAGUGGAGUAGUGACAACUCAGAAAAAGAAAGUAAUGACAAAAUGCGGAGACACCGAGGAUGAUUUUAUGAUGUCAAGUUUGGAUUUGGUGAAGCCAUUGUUAUCAAGUGUACAAGAAAACCACAACGCAGCAAGAAAUAGAACAGUUCUAUGUCGUAAUGCGGUCAAACCUCUAUCUGAAAAUGAUCUCACACAAGACGAAGAUAAUAGAAAGGAAAAGUGCAUAAAGAGUUUUAAAUCCGACUAUUCAAAAUCAAACGAACAAUUCUGGAAAGGUGAUAUUCAAUAUGUACGUCACAAACAUCAUAAAUAUUUGAAUACUGAGAGUGUUGUUUUGGAUAUAGGAGGAAACAAGGGUAAAGAUGCCGAGGCUUUACUUAAAUCGUACAAUCCUGGAAGCUACAUCAUAUUAGAGCCAAUCAAGACAUUAUUCAAUGCAUUGGUAAACAUGUUUGAAAAAAACAAAAAUGUUAUUCUAUAUGACUUUGGCCUAGGACGGAAAACUGACAAGUUUUUUGUCAACGUUGUAGGAUAUGGUGGAGAUGCCACUUCCAUUUUCAUUGAAAAUAACCAAAAAGAGUCUUGUUUACUUCGAGUAUUCAAUACAACUGAAUUUAUGAUUCGUCUGGGAGUUCCAUGUGUCGAGGUUGAUCUGAUAACAAUCAAUUGUGAGGGGUGUGAAUUUGAUAUUUUGGAAACUCUACUAUCCACUAAUAUUAUCAACAUGUUUAGACAUAUACAAUUUGCAACGCACCCUACUUUAAAACAUCUAAAUCAACCUGUUGCAAGAUAUUGUCAAAUUCAGGAAAAACUAUCGAGAACUCAUGUUAUAUCUUACCAGUACAAGUUCUGCUGGGAGACAUGGAAAAGAAAGGAUCUCACAUAAAAGACUCCUAAUAACCGGUUAUCCUGAGUUUUAAAAUUUAUCUAUAUGUACAUACUGUCCUUUAAAUUACUCCAAUAUGUGCAUAAUUUGAUCUCAUACAAAGAUCGAACUUUACUUUUUAUCAGGGAUACCGAUUUUUCUAAAUGUUAUAUAUAACCAUAUAAUGUUUGGAACCUAUUCUACAUAUACAUCUUCUAGGGAAUGUAAAGAGAUGCGGGAAAUGAAUUUAAUUUAGGGACAAAACUGCUGUAAUGUAAAAUGGGUUUACUAUGUUCAAUGUAAAAAUCCAUCUGUAGUUGUUUAUAAAGAAGUUUUGACGAGUAGGAGUGACUUAGUCUGAUCUGCAUUAGGUUUAGUGCUGCGUGAUUUCAUCAAUUCUAUAUCCAUUUCCAUUUCAUUUAAUAUUUGGCUCAUCUGAACUGAAAAGCUCAAAGGUGGUUUUCUGAUCGUUCUCGCGUCGUCAGUCUGUCAGCUCUCAGAUGUUGGAAUAUUUUUGUUAGCAGCUGACGGUUUCGUAUUACUAUAUUCUAUAGACUGUUGAUUGUCUGAUACAUUACCGAGAAGGGUGGGUCAAACUAAUACGAGAGUGACAGUUCUUGCUGAACGGGAAACCAUUGAAAAGGAUACAUGUAUACAAAAAUGUUCAGUAUCAUAAUACCUAUAAAGAAUACUGAACUGAGAAUAAGGCAAACACGGACGCCUAGAAACACCGGAAGUAGGAUCAAGAGCCUUUUGGGAGUAAGCAUUCCCUGUUGACCGCUCAUAUCCACCGUGGAUCUUAAAUCUUGAUAAGUAUAAAUGGAGUGAUAAUGAAAUAUGUAUUCAAAGUCAAUGCGUCUGACAAUAUUAGAAUGAAAUACGCCAGACACCAUUCGACCUAAUGACAAGUUGUAUUUGCAAAUAAAAUCAUUAUAACGACCACAUAAAUAGCGAAAUACUGACUUUUAAAUUCGACGGUUGAGUCCCUAAACAUAAACUAAAAAUGACAUGGUGUUUAUAUCUCUCAACUGAUUCGAUACACAAGAGCUUGUUCUGCGUAUGAUUAGUUUUUAAUUCGAGGCAGGUUACUGACAUUAAUAGGGCUCACGGAGGGUGUGACCGGUCAACAGGGGAUGCUUACUCCUCCUAGGCACCUGACCCCAUCCCACCUCUGGUGUGUCCAGGGGUCCGUUUUUGCACCACUAUCUAUUUUGUAUUGCUUAUAGGAGUUAUGAGAUUGAUCACUGUUCGUUAUCUUCACCUUGUAUUACAAGGGUUUCAACAGUUCCGUUUAAAGUUAUCAUUCGCAAAUUCUAUGGGCCUUAUCACGAUCUAGAUUGCCAAUACAAUCUAUUUUUGGGUCAAAUGCUGUCUGACGUGUUGUUAGACCGUUCUUGGCACACUGAUUUUGACCACGGAUUACUCUGUUUUCCUGAUCAAGAUGUAGGACUCGCGGCAGAUGUGACCUACGACAUGGGAUGCUUACUCCUCCUAGGCACCUGAUCCCACCUCUAAUAUAUUCUGGGGUCCGUGUUUGCCCAACUCUUUAUUUUGUAUUCCUUAAGGGAGUUAUGGAAUUGAUCACUGUUCGUUCUCUGCACCUUUCAUUGUUUUCAUUUCUAUGUCAAAAUUCAUCAAUAUUAUCAUUUGAGAGUCUUUGAAAACCUCUCCUUUCUUAAUUUUUUUCUCUCUUGUAUGGUAUGUAAAGAUAAACUCUAAAGAAUAAAUAUUGACAGAUGUUUAUUCCGUAAUUUUAUUCCGGAGAAUUUGUAGUUGCAACGAGGCUUUGUUUUUACUGUUAUAAACUUCUAUUUCCUUUUGAAUAUUUUCGGGUAGAAGCGAAGGUUUGAAAUUCUGGACAAAUAAUUUUCCCUCCCUCCUACUUCUACUUAUUUGAAAAAUUUGCUUCGCCGCUAAGAUUUAUCAUUUCAGAGAUUGUGGAUGCUUAACAUAGCAGGGAAUGACAUUUAACAUGGCCCUCAUAGUGUGUUUAAUUUGGAGUAGAUGUAACGCUGAAUCAAUUGAUCAACUCGCACGUGAAGGAGUCUAAAAUGUUUUGGUGAACUUUGUUGGUCUGCUGUACUUCUUGUGUUUCCCCUGGAGGAAUGUGCGUCCAGUUCCUGUUUACUGGUAUUUUGUAAUGACCAGUUGACAAGGAAAGUGAAUUUUAAUUUCAAGUCUGAUUUUGGGUUGCCGCUAACCGGGAUCAAAGUUACCAACAUUUUUGUAAUUGAUAUAUUUUUAAAUGCAUAUCCAUAUGAUUGAUUUAUUUACAAGUGUUGUGGUUGAAUUUUGAUAUUGCAAUGAGUUAAUACAGUUACUGCAUUUUAAGGGGAAUUGGACUUGUACGCAAAUUGAAUCAUUGCCGUAGAUCGGAAUGUUUAAAUUUGCUUGAAUUUCUAAUUUUAUGGAUUUUUCAAUUCAGUAAGGUAAUGAUGUGUUUUGGCCUAUACCUAUUUUGGUUUCAAUGCACAUGUCAUUUCCAUUGUAAAUUAGUUAUAAUAUUGAGUCUACAACAGUUAUACACAUUGCUUAAUUGCCAAGACCAAGAAUCGCCACAAGGGGGUUGGGGGUAAGCACAUCAUUUAUCUGUAUACAUAAGGCAAAUAAAAUGUGAAACUUGU